AUGAACGUCACGCUGCAGCCACUGCGAGCCGCCGCUGCUGCUACCCCGUCCAGCGUGCGCUUCUUCGUGUGCGGACUGGCUGCUGAGACGGUGAGUUGCCUCGUAUGGGUGCCGAUUGAUGUGGCAAAAGAGAGACUUCAGUCUCAGCCACCGUCACUGACGUGUCGCUACACCAGCAGCCUUGAUGCACUGCAGCGCAUUCUAGUGAAUGAGGGGGUUAGGGGCCUCUACAAGGGAUACGCUUCUACUCUCGCGAGCUUCGGUCCAUUUUCGGCCGUGUACUUCGUGUUUUAUGAGUAUUUGGUGAAGAGACUGACCGAGUUGUAUACUGUGACUGUACGCGCGCCAAUGCAGGGUGGCCGGAGCAGCCGUAACGAAGCAGAGCCUUUCUCCCCGGCGACGUUUGCAGUGGCACUUAGUGCUGGCGCCGGUGGCAACGUAGUGGCGUCUCUGCUCACCAAUCCGUUGGAGCUGGUGAAGACACGAAUGCAAGUGCAGCGGGCCGUACUGUAUCGACGAGGUGUGGGCGCACCUACGUCGGGAUUAUUUGUGUAUCGCUAUCGGAGCCUGCUGGAAGGGCUCGUCGCAAUAACAAAGGAGGAAGGGAUACGUGCACUAUGGAGGGGCGUGGGCAGUCGUAUCGCCUACACCGCACCGAACGCGGCGUUGACCAUGAGCUUCUUUGAGUUUUUGAAGUCACAACUGCGGUGA